CACAGCGACAACAACGAGUAUACAGAGUGUGCGAGUUCGCGCGGCGACAGCGGUAAAUCCUUACCCAGUGCGGUGCGUAUGGGAACGCACAGUGUCAGGUGCAACUAAUCAAACUAAUGCCGGCUCCAGGCCCCCGGCUAUGGGCGGCAGUUGUUUUUUGGCUUAUCUAGCCGCGUGGUUGACGUUUUUUUACGUUUUGUCAAGUUUCGAUGUCACCAGUGGUGACCAACGAUUGCUGCAAGAUCUUGGACUCCACGUACUUCCGGAUAUUUCUAAGAUAAAUAUCAGUUUGGACGAAUACACAACAGUGAUGAGAGAAUAUCUUCAGAGUCGGGAAAAUUCUGCUGAUGAUGCCAAAAUCAUUCCCAAUCUAGUAACAUACGAUGUAGAUCAGAAAGUGGUAUGGAGAAGUUCCUCAGUAAGACUGAGGUUUUCAGUGCCUUUGGAUCGUAGAGCCAAAGUAGAAGAGGCACAACUGAGGUUCCUAGUCCCUCCUCAACUCAACGAUGACACCAUAGUGAGAGUUCAAGUGAAUCUGAUACUCGGCGAGAGGCAAAGACGACUCAUGGAAGAAAAGACUCUGUAUCUAUCGAGGAACUCAACAAAAUGGUGCGAAAUAGACGUUUCCAGUGCAGUGCAAUCGUGGAUCCGCGGUGAAGUGAACCUAGGCUUAGAGCUAUUGUGCUUAGACUUCAAGUGUGAUUUGGACCCCAUUGACGUCGCAGUGACGACGCUAGUACACCCUGGCGCAAGGAGGAUGAGACGAGCUUCCCCAUAUGAAACCGAAAGAAGAACCGAUUGUCAAAAGGGCAGGAAAAAGAAGAAAUGCUGCCGACAAAACAUGAAGGUGGACUUUAGCAAGCUAGGCUUCCCGGAAAUGGCGGGCAUCGUAGCACCUAAACUCCACAACGUCGGAUAUUGCCACGGCUUGUGCCCUCCAAAUUAUAACUUUGCUACCAACCAUUCUAGGAUACAGAGCCUGAUGCAUCAGAUGGAGAAAAGGAAUGGAUCCACGACAUCGAAAAAAAUCAUACCUCGGACUUGUUGUGCCCCCUCGAAACUUAAACAUUUAGACAUAAUUUUGGUUGACAAAGACAAUCAUUCUAAGUUAAGGAAAGAAGUGUGGGACAAUAUGGAUAUAGUUGAGUGUGCGUGUUCAUAAAUGUUCAGUAUUCAAAUUAGGCGACACCAAAGUUGUGAGAACUGACCUCUGAUGCCUGAUACCUAUAGUCAUCGAAAAUACUUCAGAUCAUUAUUAACCGUGCUUUUUGGUGAAUUGACUAAACCGAUUAUUGAUAUUAUAG